AUGGUGCAACUUCGGCCUCGAUCGAUUGAAGAGUUAUCCAUUGAAAGCAAUAGCUUGGACGAAGAUACAAAUCUGGAAACUCUUUCAGAGGAUACUACUGAUAUAUCAGAGCCGGGAGCUUCAACAGUAAAAGACCCAGACAAUGGUUUAAGUACGUGGUAUGGAGGAAGUAAAAUUGCAUUUUCCGCAUUUCUCAGCAAACGUUACGAUCUUCUUGGAAAAGGGCAACACGUGAAAUUCGACAAAGUGUUGCUGAAUGAUGGGGACGGGUAUGAAGCAGUAACAGGGGUGUUCAGAACACAAACGACUGGGGUUUAUGUGUUUACGUACGCCAUAGCACAGAGAAAUAUAAAUGAGGUUCGGGUUAAUCUUAUGUACGACGGUAAUAUUGUCAAUGGAGCUAUUGCAGAAGGUAUGCACAAAUAUCAUGAUGCCCAGGGUACAAAUACUGCAAUAAUACACGUGGUUAAGGGAAAACCAGUUUGGAUUGAGGCUGCAUCACGAGGUGCUCUGGAGGGAAACGAUGGUGACGGCCGAUAUACUACAUUCAGUGGUUUCUUGUUGUACGCUAGAAAUUAACUUUGAUUGAUAUCAGACUAACAUUACUCCAAAAUAAUUGGUUUUGACCACGUUCUGUUACAGAGACAAAAUUCUUGUGUAGACCUAUAUUCUUAUAUAUUGACCAAUUCUUACUAUUUAUUUAUUGAAUUAUUGAUAAAGCUAUAAAGUAGAAUACUUUCCCUGAAAAAAACUUUUAUCACAAAA